AAAAAUACUAAACUAAACCCUAAACCCCCAACAGCUUCUUCUCCUUCGCUUUCAUUCCCACUCCUUACCUUCCUUCAGCUGCCCCCCAAACCUUCCCUCCGGUGAGUUCCAACAGUUCUUAAUUUUCAUUGUUUCCGACGUUUUUCGGCGGCCCCAACGUGAAUCAAGCGUUUUCGUCAGCUAAUUUUUGACGUCGUGUACGGCCUUCGGACGAGCAUAUUGGAACGCCAACCAGCAAGCGUCGAGGCUGUUUGGCAGCUUUGAGUAGUUUCGGGGUGGUUUCGACUCCUUUGGAUGUUUUUCAGAAAAAACUCAAGCCAUUUUAGGUGCGUGCAAGGCCAGGGGAUCUAAUCUAAUCACUGUGUUCACUUUCGGAGCUCAAUGGAGGCAGAGAAAGUGGUUCUUCCUAACACUGAAGCUGGUCUUAAACCACUUCACUCUCUCAAAUCUACAGAUCCGCCACUCUGGCUUGCUCCAAGCCCUUCCCUAUCUCAAGUUGCUCGCCUUGCUUCACAGAGCUUAUUUUCUAUGCUGAAACCAUUCAAUCCUAAAUCCCCAUUUGAUCAUCUCCUGGUUGAUGGAUUUGAUGCUGAGCAGAUAUGGCAACAAAUUGACCUCCAAUCACAACCUCUUUUGGCGAGUGUUCGCCGGGAUUUGAAGCGGUUUGAGAAGAAUCCAGAAGCAAUUUCAAACCUGAAGGUUUCUUUGGAGGAUAAGAAGAAGGUUAUCCAAGAGAUGGCUAUAGAGUCGGGAGAAGAAAGUGAUGAUUUUGAGGAGGAUAUGAAGGAGCUUGAUGAAGAAGAAGACGAUGAGGAAGAGGAGGAGGAAGAGGAGGACUGUGAUGACAAAGAAGAUGGAGACACUGAGGAAGGAGAGAAGGAAAAGAGUGAUGAUGAAGUUGAGGGAGAAGAAGGUAAUGGUGGGAUUGAGGAUGGAUUUUUGAAGCUAAAAGAGCUGGAGGAAUUUAUGGAGGAGGAUGAGGUAAGAGAAUAUGGUUUACAGAACAAGAAAGAUGGUAAGAAGGAAAAGAAACAGAGGAAGACAGAAGAAGAAUCUGAGGACGAUGAAGAUGAUGAGCUUGGGGAGUUCGACCUCCAUGGUGAGGAGGAUGAAGAUUCUAGCAAACUGGACAAGGCGAGAUACGAAGACUUUUUUGGUGCUAAAAAGAAGAAUCAUUUGAGAAGAAAAUCUAAAUUGACAAAUGGAUCAGAAUCUGAACUCUCAGAUUCAGGUGAUGAAGAGGAAGAAAAUGAAACACGUACAGAACCGAAGUCAGAAAAUCUCUCAACUCAUCAAAAGAGACUUAAGAAGCUUCAGUCUGAAAUAGAGAUGAUGGAGAAAGCCAACUUGGAGCCAAAAACGUGGACCAUGCAGGGAGAGGUAACCGCCAUGAAAAGGCCUAAGAAUAGUGCCCUAGAAGUUGAUUUAGAUUUUGAGCACAAUGUGAGACCACCACCUGUAAUCACGGAAGAGGUCACAGCAACAUUGGAAGAGAUGAUUCAGAAAAGAAUCCUUGAGGGUCGUUUUGAUGAAGUUCAGAAAGCACCUAAACGACCUACUAAAGCACCCAGAGAAAUCAAAGAGUUGGAUGAGAAUAAAAGCAAGAAAGGUCUUGGUGAACUAUACGAGGAAGAGUAUGUUGAAAAGACUAAUUUGGCUACAGCCCCAUCAUCAUUCACCGAUGAAGCAAAGACAGAGGCGAGCAUUCUUUUCAAGAAACUUUGCUCCAAGUUGGAUGCUCUCUCUCAUUACCACUAUGCUCCAAAACCUGUUAUAGAGGAUAUGUCUAUAUCAACGAAUGUCCCUGCUCUAGCAAUGGAAGAGGUUGCUCCCGUUGCUGUCUCCGAUGCGGCAAUGCUUGCUCCAGAGGAAGUUUUUGCAGGAAAAGGUGAAAUCAAAGAAGCAGCAGAACUUACACAGUCUGACAGGAAGAGGAGGAGGGCCAGCAAGAAAAGGAAAUAUAAAGCUAUGGUUGCCAAAAGAGACGCAAAGAAAUCAGGAAACACUACAGUUCCAAAUGCUAAUGAAGGCCAAUGAAGAUUCAAUUUGUUAUUCAACAAUUCUUGAAAAAAUUUUCCAUCAACGCUUCAAGAUCCCAAGAACAGGAAAUGGAAUUGGCUAAGUUGAUGAGCCGAGGAUCGAAUAGCUCGAGAACAGCUUGGGUGUUCAAUUUCCCCAUUUUUUCACUUGUGGCAUCCAAGAAAAGUAUGUUGGUAGGUUGAAAGAUCGUAUCGUUACUAUAUUUUUUUGCAACCAUUUCCAUCAUAAGAGUUACUAAGGAUUAAUUACAAGAUGAAUGUAAAAAAAAAAAAAAUCCGAAUUUUGUGAUUUUGCUUCCCCCUCCUUUUAUUACAUUUUUUCCAUUUAAAAUAUGUACUUAUAUAUUUACCAAUUUACGUUGAUAUUCAUGGAUGUAUCCAGUCACAAUAAUUCUAUUAAGGAUUAUUUAGUACUAAUUCUUAACUAAA